GCCACAGGCAGUGCGACUUUUUCAGUCAACUUGGGUUCCCAAAGCACAUUUGCUUCUGCUGAGUGCUGCAACACUGAUAACUGCAACUCACAAACUCUGCCUUCCCCUCCUGCUCAGACACCUAACUCCCUUCAGUGCAUUGUUUGUGAUCCCACCACUUCACUGUGCGCCACCCCAAUAACAUGUUCAGGAGUAGAGACCAACUGCAUCACAGCAACUUUGAGUGAUGGUACAAACACAGUUCCAGCCCUGGGCUGUGUAAGCCCAAACACAUGUGAAGCUGCUUCAAGUCUGGGGAGUUUACCUUUCAUGGAAAAUGUUGGAUCAAUCACCAGCGGACCCACCUGCUGUUCAACGAGUUUGUGCAAUGAUCCAAGAGCAGUGACCACUGCCUCAACUGUUCUGACCACUACAACUAGAGCACAAACAACAACUGCAGCACCCACUACCACAACUGGAGCCUUGCGGUGCCUGACCUGCACAGAUCGGGCGUGUUCAAGCACUGUUUCAGUAACAUGUGGCUCGGAGACCAUGUGUAUAACAACUUCCAUCCUAGCUUCUUCAUCUGGAGAAACAGAUCAACAAAUCUACAAAGGUUGUGCGUUAUCGUCUGUGUGUCCGAGCUCAGGCAGUCAGACCUUUUCCGUCAACUUGGGUUUCCAGAGAGCUAUUGCUUCUGCUGAGUGCUGCAACACCGACGACUGCAACUCGCAAACCCCGUCUUUACCUGGCCCUCAGUAUCUAAGUGGCCUCCAGUGUGUUGUAUGUGACCCCACCCCUUCUCAGUGCCAGAGCCCAACAGCCUAUUCAGGAGAUGGGGGCAACUGUGUCUCACCAACUGCUGAAUAGAUGAAAGGACAAUCCUGUUGACAAAAAAAUCUGAUUGAAAAAGAUCCUUUGAUGUCAACAGUAGCAGGCGGAACAACUCCAAACAAAUCAGUUCUGUAAACCUGGGUACCUACCAACUUUCAAGUAGGAAGUUGGUCCGAUUUUCAGUGGAACCAAACUGCUGAGGCCGUUUUUAUGUCAUGAUCUACAUGCAUUAAUCCCAGCAUAGGCCAACACAACCACAGCUGCAGCUAAAGCACCAACCAGAACGGCAUCUUCAACCACACAAACUAUGGCUUCAACUACAACAACGGCAUCACCAACACCACAACUGCAGCAACCAACGUGGGCUUUUGUGGAAUGUUUUCUUGGGCAAUGUAUGCGGGGUAAACCCACACCUAUCCCAAACAUCACCCACAUGGGCCUUGUGUUGGAAUAACAUAAUGGGAUUAGUAUAAUAAUAUUAAUUUUGCUCUAAGUAAAUAGGCACCUUCUAGUGGUUACAGUUUAUGUGAGGCACAAGACCAUAAAUUUGUUUUUUAAGUACAAACAUGGCAUGACAAUAUCAUUAAUAUCACUUUUUUGAGGCAGUUUUUCAUAGUUACACUUUUUUCAGUGUUGUAGAAGUUAAACCACCUUUUAGCACAAAGAUGGUUUUAAGACAAAAAUUGGAGAACUAAACAAGUUCAUAUAAAAAAUUUAAAAAAAAUUGCACAGCAACCUUAAUGUAUGACCCUUAGGUCCAGUUUAUACAGUUUGUCUGCAAACAAAAUUAUAUUUUUGGAUGAAGUACACUUUAAAGUUUUUUGCUGGACAAUUAAACAUUUUAUAUGCAUGAAGGUUAAUACUGUAUUAAACAUGCUAUAGUUGCAGGUUUCAUGUUGUGAUCUACAUGAUGUGAGCUUUGUUUCUCUGGGAAAACCACCUACUACACCAACCCCUAUUAAUAGACAGUCUAAUGCAGCUCGCAUGGCACAAUAAAGCCAUUACCUUUGUAUGUUUGUUUGUUUUAAAGCCACAAUGAUGUCUUUGCGGAUUUGCUGUAAACCUGGACAAGCCUCUUUGCAUUUGUGUCUCUGCAGGUGUAUUCAGGCACCUUGUCCUGCCACUCGUGUUUCUGGUGCCAAAAACAGUGUUAAAAUCGCUGAUUUUAAAGUUGCAAUUUGCAGGCUACUGGCUGUGUGCUCCCCUUGCUAAUAGGCUAUCCGCGCUCCUACAGUAGCAAACGGGUUUCCAGAUUUUCACACAUUUUUGCUCAUGAUACUGUGUGAGAUUCCUACAUUUUCAUCUUCUCUUUUUUUCUUUAUUCAAGAAGUGAUGCAGUUUGAAGAGUAUUUUAAAUUCUAUAUUUAAGACAGAAUGCAAUCAGGUCAAAGUGCAGAUUUUAUAAACUACUUCAAAUGUACAAGCACACAAAGGUCAUAAUAAAUUACAUUAAUGCCA